UUGCCCCAUCGAGUCCCACGAGGUCCCAUGAAGUCCCACGUGGGACUCGGUGGGACUCGAUGGGGCAAGAUGGGGCAAAAUCCCACGAAGUCCCAUGGAGUCCCAUCGAGAAUGAACAUGUUCAUUCUUUCCAUGGGGCAUCGUGGGAUUUUCGAUCAUAUGACGUGUUGUGUGAAGCCCGACAUACACCAAUGGGGCACGGUGGGAUUUGAUGGGACUCCAUGGGGCUUGAUGGGACUCCAUGGGGCACGAUGGGGCAAAGUCAUCAAGAUCCCAUGGGACUUCGUGGGAUUCGAUGGGGCAAAUUGGGAUUCGAUGGGGCAAGAUGGGACUCGAUGGGGCAAGUGGGAUUUUGCCCCAUUGGUGUAUACCGGGCUUAAGGGUACUUUUAAAAGUUUCGUGCACAACAAUAUCAAACAGUCAAGAAUGGCUAAGCGCAAACACACCGACACAAAAGAAAACAUCAAGCAGCGGAAGGAACGCAAAAAGAAAAAGUCUAAGGUUGAAUCUACCGCCUCUGAUGAUAGUGAUUUUGAAAAGCCAACCAAAAAGAAGAAGCCAAAUAAACAAACUAAAAAGGAGAUUUUGACAUCGGCAGACCUGUGUGAACAAUGGGGUCUUACAGAUGUAAAUAUGACAUAUACAGAGGCAGAAUACCAGAAUCUCACAACAUACAACCUGUUUGUGCAGCAGCUGAGGCCACUUAUAACAGAGGCAAAUCCAAGAGUGAGCACUUCUCGCAUGGCCAGCCUCCUGGCAGCCAAAUGGAGAGAGUUCCUUGAGGCAAAGCCAAAAUCAGACAACAGCGAUAGUGAGAAAACUGUUGAGGAGGGAUACCCAUCAGUUGAUGAUGCUGAGAAAGCAAACAGUAGCAUGGCAACUGAAGAUUCUACCAUAGAUAGUGAUUAUGGUGAACCCCCAGUCUUGAAAAAGACCCCAAAGAUACGAAUCAAGAUUGGGGCUGGGCCAUCUAGCAGUGGGACACGUCGUAGUGGGAGAGAACGCAAGACUAAACGGGAAAAUUUAAAGGAGGAGGAGCUGUUAGAAGAUUCUGAUUCAGAACAAGAAAAGAAGAAAAAGAAGAAAAAGAAAAAGGCCAAGGGGAGUGACUCUGACGAGGAGGAAGAGUUUAAAGUCUACUCGGAGAGUGACAUCUCCAUCCCUGAAGAAGAUGAUGAUGAUGAUGGAGGGAGAAGGAAAAAAAAGAAGAAGAAGCAAAAGAAAAAGAAGAAGCAAGUAGAGUCAGAUAGCGCUACAGACAUCGAAGCUGAAAAUGACUCGGCCAAGAAGAAAGCUGUGAUUCCUCCAGAAAGGCAAAGUACGAGGACCAGACGCACUGUCAAGAGAAGUGACGCUGGUACUGGUUUUAAAGUUGCGAAUAUGUCCGAAAGAGAGUUCAAUAGUUUAAUGAAGGGAAAACGGCAGUUGACUUCAGAGUCUGAUUCUGACGAAGAAGUCGUUAAGAAGCCUAAAAGACGUCCUCCACCUAGACAGCGAGGGGGAAAUGACGAUGCAAGGGAGAAAGGAUCAGGAGAUGAUGACAAGGAUUCCACUGAUCACGAAUACUUCUGUUCAAUAUGUAUGGAUGGAGGGGAUCUACUGUUAUGUGAAACUUGUCCCAGGACUUAUCACAAAGUUUGUUUGAAGAUUGACGAGAUUCCUGAGGGGGAUUUUAUAUGCCCUGAAUGCGAGGAUGGAGGAGCCCACGAAAGUUGGUGUAAAUAUUGCAAAGAUGGGGGUGACCUGAUUUGUUGUGACACAUGCCCCUGUGUGUUCCAUGCUAAAUGUCUGAAGCCUCCGAUGACAACCCUUCCUGAAGGAGACUGGAGCUGUCCAAGAUGCACAGCUCCUGAAGUGAAGUAUGAAAUAUCUAAGAUUUUACGAUGGAGGUGGACAGAGCCAAGCGAAGCUGUUAAGAAAGAUGAGUUGGACCAUACUGCCAACAGCCCUAUGAAGAAAAUGAACAAGUACAUUGGGAAGGAAUUCUAUGUGAAGUAUAAGAGCAAGUCUUACUGGCACUGUGAAUGGCUUUCUGAAAUGACUCUUGAGGUAUAUAAAUCAGGGACAACCCUGAAUAGAUUCAUGAACAAUAAUGACAUGUCAGAGCCGACACCCUUAGAGGAUGGGAGCUCAUUCGGGGCAAAACGUCACAAACACGCGGACACUAAUGUAAACAACAUGGAGGACAAGUACUACAACUGUGGAAUACGUCCAGAGUGGCUGCAAAUCAAUAGGAUUAUUGAUACAAGGAAAAUUGAUGGCGAGAAGGAGUACCUGAUUAAGUGGAUGGAAUUGGGCUAUGAAUAUGCUACAUGGGAAAAGGAAAGUGAUGCUAAAAGAUUGGGCUUUGAGGACUUUGACAAGUUUAAGGAAGCAUAUUAUAGUCACAGGAAAGCCAACCUAAAGAAGAAAAAGAAAGAAGAGAAAAAGCCAAAACUUAAACAUCUUAAGAAAAAGAUGGAAAAGCAGCCAGACUAUUUAGAUAGCACAGGAGGCAAACUGCACAACUACCAAUUAGAGGGUAUUAAUUGGCUGAGAUUCUCAUGGGCGCAGGGCACAGACACUAUCCUUGCAGAUGAGAUGGGUCUGGGGAAGACCAUACAGGCCAUCACCUUUAUAUACUCACUCUGGAAGGAGGGUUACGUGAAUGGUCCAUUCUUGAUCAGUGCUCCCCUCUCUACUGUGGCUAACUGGGAACGAGAAUUCAAGUUCUGGGCUCCAGAUAUGUAUGUGGUCACCUAUGUAGGCCAACAGGAAGCAAGAACUACUAUCAGGUCACAUGAAAUCAGUUAUGAGGAAGGAUACAUGAGAAAUACCAAAAUUCCACAUAAGGUCAAGAAAGGCUAUAAGUUGAAGUUUGAUGUGUUGUUGAGUUCUUACGAGAUGGCCAACAUAGAUAUAACUACCCUGUCCUCUAUAGACUGGGAUAUCCUUGUAGUUGAUGAAGCACAUAGGCUCAAGAAACAGUCUUCUCUGUAUUUCCGCAAUCUGGCCAGCUACAAUAUUAAAUAUAGAUUGUUGAUGACAGGGACCCCUCUACAAAACAAUCUAGAGGAGCUCUUCAAUCUCCUUCACUUUAUGACGCCAGAUAAAUUUGAUGAUGUUGAGAACUUCCUGUCUGAGUUCGCUGAUAUCUCCAAAGAUAAACAGAUGAAACGUCUCCAUGAAAUGCUUGCGUCGCACAUGUUGCGUCGUCUCAAGACGGAUGUUCUGAAAGAGAUGCCACAGAAAAGUGAAUGUAUUGUUAGAGUUGAGUUAGCUCCAAUGCAGAAGAAAUACUACAAGUAUAUCUUGACUAGAAACUUUGAUGCCCUGAAUGUGAAAGGUACCAAGUCUCAAACCAGUCUACAAAUGAUCAUGAUGGACCUCAGGAAAUGUUGCGCACAUCCAUAUCUAUUCUCUUCUGCAGAACAGAGUGCCCCACUAACUAAGCAUGGUAUGUACGAGGGAAAGGCUCUAAUUGAAGCAUGUGGCAAACUGGACCUGCUCGACAAAAUGCUCUUCAAACUAAAGGAACAGGGUCACAGGGUCCUCAUAUUUUCCCAGAUGACCAGACUUUUGGACAUUCUGGAAGACUUUUUGGAGUACAAGCAGUAUGGCUACGAACGUAUAGAUGGCAGUAUUGUAGGCAGUAAACGCCAGGAAGCAAUAGACAGAUUUAAUGCUGUUGGCUCAGAGCAGUUUGUCUUCCUUCUGUCCACUAAAGCAGGAGGCUUAGGGAUCAACUUGGCCACAGCUGACACAGUCAUCAUAUAUGACAUGGACUGGAACCCUCAUAAUGACAUUCAGGCAUUCAGUAGAGCUCACAGGAUUGGCCAGACAAACAAGGUGAUGAUCUAUAGGUUUGUCACGAGGAACACAAUAGAGGAGAGAAUUGCUCAGGUCUGCAAGCAGAAGAUGGUCCUUACUCAUCUAGUCAUAAAGCCAGGGGCAUUAAAAGGUGGUCUAGUAGAAGAUGGAGAAGAAUCCAAAUCUGCAGCCUCCAUUACAAAGUCUGAACUCUCAGAUAUUCUCAAGUUUGGUGCAGAGGAACUCUUUAAAGACAAUGCGGAAGGAAAAGUUGUCUAUGAUGAUGCAGCUAUAGAGAAUCUGCUUGACAGGAGUCAGGGGGCAGUUGAGGAAAAACAACUUGCUCUGGAUGACUAUCUCUCAUCAUUCAAAGUUGCAACCUACCAAGUCAAAGAAGAAGAUGAUGAAGAAGAUGAGGAAGCAUUGGCAGAGCAGAUCCGGAAGAAGGAAGAGGAAGAACGGAAAAAGAAGGAAAAGGAGGACCCUAAAUUCUGGGAUCGUGUGCUGAGACCUUCCCAUCAGAAACAUGUGGAGCAGGUUAAGAAGCAGGAAGAGGAAGUGGCCAAGACCUUGGGUAAAGGAAAGAGAGUCAGAAAACAGGUAAACUACAAAGACACAGGUCGUGUUAAUUUCUCCGAGAUGGACAAAGAUUCAGAUGAUGAAGAGGUUGAAUCUGUCAAGUAUCUAUCCGACUACAAUCCUUCUGAUUCUGACUCUGAAGUGGAGAAUUCCUCUGACAGUGAAGUUAACUUUGAUAGUGACACAGACAUGUACAAAAAGAAAACGACUGAAGAAAGACAACGAAUCCAAGCUGCACAGAAAGCAGCUGCCGAUGCUCCUAUGCCCCCUCUAUUGGCCAAGAUCAAUGGCCAAACUGAGGUACUUGGAUUCACUGCAAGACAAAGGCGUGUCUUCUUAGAGGCUGUAAUGAAAUAUGGAAUGCCUCCGGAGGAUCCUUACAACUCAAAAUGGCUGCCAAGGGAGUUGAAGUCCAAGCCUGAGAAAGUUGUGCGGGCAUACGUCUCUAUGUUCCUUCGCCAUCUCUGUGAGCCUACCUCUGAUAGUGCCAUCAAUUUCAAUGAUGGGGUCCCUCGUGAAGGUAUCUCCCGUCAUCAUGUGCUCACAAGGAUAGGCAUGAUGGCACUCGUACGCAGAAAGGUGGCAGAUUUUGAAAAGAUCAAUGGAUAUGUGAGCAUUCCAUAUGUGAUGUCACCUAACCUUGUAAAACAGUAUGAAAAGAAGAAGAAAGACAAACAGGCAAAAGAUGAAGUGGAACAAGCCCAAGAAAACAGGGAUAAAGACACUAAGGAGGAGACUUCCAAGGAUGAGUUGAAAGAUGAAGAGAAGGAAGACAAAGAUCGCAAGGAUGAAGACAUUAAAAAGGAGACUUCCAACGAUGAGUUGAAAGAUGAACAGAAGGAAGGCAAAGACGGGAUGGAUGAGGACAUUAAGGAGGAGACUUCCAAGGAUGAGAUGAAAGAUGAAGAGAAGGAAGACAAAGACAGCAAGGAUGAAGACAUUAAGGAGGAGACUUCCAAGGAUGACGUGAAAGAUGCAAAGGAUGAUGAAGAGAAAGAAAUUGAUGAUAAGAAAGGUAAAGAUGACACUAAAGAUGAACCCAUGGAGACUGAUGAUAAAACGAACAACUCAGUUGAUGACAAAUCAAGGGAAGCAGAUAAAAAUACUAAGGAAGAUGAAUCAGUUAAAUCUGAAGACAUUAAGCGCGAUGAUGAAACAGGAGAGGUCAAAGAGGAUAUGAAGACAGACGUAAAGAUGGAAGAAGAAACUUCAAAAGAUGGAGAUGUAAAAGUCAAGGAUGAGAGCAAGGAAGAUAAAGAUAAUGAAGUUAAGACUGAAUCAAAAGAAGAGAUUAAAAUAGAAGAUGAUGAAAAAUCAAAAGAUACUGCCACAAAAAAUGAUUCGGGUGUAACCAAGGAGAAAGCAGAAGAAAGUAAGGACGAAGAUGUAAAAGAUGAACCUGAAAUUAAGUAUGAAAAGAAAGAGACUAAAUCAGAAGAAAAAGUUAAAUCUAAGAUAAAAGAGAAAGACAUUCAAGAGAUUGAAGAAGAAGAAAAAGAAAAAAAGAUGACACCCGAGGAGAAGGAAAAACACACAUUGGAAUGUCUUCAAAGAGUCUUCAACAUCGUAGAAGGUGGUUUUACUGAUCUCAAGAAAGUGUGGGAGAAUGAGGAACGAAUAAUGAUGCGUUUCCCAAAAGACACACAAGCCCAAAUAUGGCAUCGUCGUCAUGACUACUGGCUGCUUGCAGGAGUAGUUGUUCACGGGUGCGCUCAAUGGGCUGCUAUUUGGCAGGAUCCGAGAUAUCAGUUCCUCAGGGAGCCAUUCCGCAACAUGCCCGAUAUGUCGCCCUACCUCCAGGCCAAGUACUUGAGUCGUCGCUUUGCUUUACUGGAGCAUGCGCUUAUUGUUGAGGAACACCUCUUUAAAGCUGUAAGAAGUGCAGAAUCGGGAGAAUCAACAGACACUAGUAGCAUACAACCUGCAGACUUGGAGAAGAUCGAUGCCCUUGCCAAGGAAUGUAUGAGAGUACGUAACAAUCCAUAUCAAGCUAAUCCAGCAGAUGCUAAGUACCAUAGGCUGAAUGAACAAUUAACAGACUUGCUGACAGAUAUGUUCCGUACCAAGAAAUCUGGACCCCCAAGUAUGUACCCCCCAGCCAAACCCAAGGCCCCCCAGGGUCAAGUAGGCAAGAAACUUGUGCAGCCACUGACCCACCCGUUGCAACGAGCCCCUGCCCCCAGAUUACCACAACCCCUACAGGUAAUCCCUGCCUCAAAGCCAGUUGUUGACUUGACGCAGAGUCCCGCUAAGGCUACACCAGUGCCAUCUGGGAACAGUGGAAAUUUUGCGGCCCAGAUAGCUGCAAUUGCUGCUCAAGCUAUUGAGGAAUCCAAAGCUAAAGCUGACAUGGCUGCAGAUAAAAAAGAGAAGGAGCCAUCAGCCUCAGGUGGACAUGCUCCUGUUAACACUACAGAUUCAACCCCCAAAGGCAAAACAAGCAAUACAAAUGAGGACACAACGGACAUCUUGGAGAAGGAAACUGAAGAAGGCACGAGGGUCCUUGAUGGCGUCCUCACUAAAACAACUAGUACCACAGAUGCUGCGAAGGAAGAUGAAGAAGAGGAUGGUACGAAUAGGGUUGCUAUGAAAGGGGACGACUUUGAGGUUGUCUGUGUUAGCAACAGUUCUGAUAAUGACUCUGAUGAUGAAGAUGAUGAUAAAUCCAAGAAACAAGCAAAAGAAGACAGUGACGAAGAAUCCAAGAAUGCUGAUGAAAGUAAAGACAGCACUAGUGCGGAUACUAGCAAACAAUCAAUUGAUUCCAUUACUUUGGAUGACUCUAUGAGUAAAGAUGCCUCAGAUGCUACCAAAGUAAAUAGUAGUAAGCCUAAAGACAAUGACAUUGAAGCGUUCGAUGGAGCAUCGAGAGAUAGCUUGCCAAGUCUGGAUUCAGAGAGUAGAGAUGGCAGCUACAGAGGCCCUUCAAACAUGAAUGAGAACACUAAAGAAAGCACCGCAUCUAAUGAUGAUAGCAUACAAGAUCCUACAUCAAAUGAUGUCAGUUUACAAGAUUCAAAUGAUGUCAGUCUACAGGACUCAAAUAAUGUCAGUCUUCAAGAUGAAGCUGAUACUUCCUCCAGUAUUAAGGACAAUGCUGAAAUCACCAACGAUUCAAAUAUCAGUGAAACAAAAGAUGUAAAUGAGGAUGAUGAUGACGAUGAUGAUAUUAUUGAGACAAGCAUUGUUGAAGCCAAGUCUGAUGAGGAACAUGAUUCAGAUGAGGAAGAGGAUGAUGAUGAAGAUGAUCAUAAGAAUGAGGAUGAAAUUAUGGAGGUUGAAACAUCAAGCGAUGUUGAGAAGAUUGAUUAAAAAACAUAUGAUUUAGUCCAGUUGAACACAUGAUACCUCAAAAUAAUAUUCCUCUUAUAGAAGUGUUCCACUUAAUCAAAGAAAUUUUCAACUUAAAGAGAUGUUCCACU